AUGUCAGGAGAUGCCUGGGAAGCGGCACGGCCACAGAAGACCAAAAGCAACAGUUUAAUCCCCUGUUCCAGGCUGGGAGAUGUGGGUAAACUUUUUGUGCCCAAAUGGGGAUAGCAUCAAUUCAUCCCUGGUGUGGGGAGCAGGGAGGUUACCCCACGCGCAGACCUGCAGGACAAAUCCUGCUCUCCCGGGGCAAUUUGUGAGCACCAAACCCAGUUUGUGAACUGCUGGUGUACAGGACCCUUGGUGGAACCUCAAAUUCCUGUGUAAUGCAAGCUGUAAAGGUUGUUAAUAACACCACAAAGCCUCUUUGUAGACAAAUCGUAAAAUAACAGCUGUUUAGGGGCAGGAGCUCUCUCUCCCAAGGCGUAGGUACAGUAAAGUCUCUAAGCUCUUAACCACCAGCUACAAUAAUUGCAUUUUUAUCAGGAAGGAGUUGGAAGUCUAAAUGUUUUAAGGAGAAUUUCCAACAGCAGAACAGGAAGAGUGUUCACCUGUUGUCCCUGAUCUCCUUUUGCCGAAUGGGUCUGGCAGAGAAUUACAGUCCUAAACCACCGAGCGAGAAGCGGGGGAAAGGCACGCAGGCGCUGACCGCGGCACCAAGGGGCACUGAGCAAGCGAUGUGACGGUGUGCAGGGCGAUGGAGGGGCUGACGAUGCUCUCCUCCAGCCCCCUGCCACCCAGCACCCUGCCUGGAGCCUGCGUGUGCCCCCCACACCUCUCUCCUGCAGCCGCGAGAGAAGGGGGCCCCUGCUAAACCCUCACUUCCCCGCAAAACUUGCAAUUCCCAUCUCCUGAGGCAGCUCUUUGUACCUGUUAAUGCCAUGCCAUGCCAGCACUUUUCAUGGCUUAUUAACUGACUUCCACCCACCCCUGGGAACACCUAGCCACUCCCUUUGUCCUCACCUGUCCCAGCCAUUUAUAGCAGCGAUGGGAUGCUAGAAAUAGAGACGCAUACACCAAGAGCCGCGGGAGCCCGGGGAGGAAAGGAGUAUUGCAGUCGAUUUGCAAAGGAGGUAUUUUCUAGCUCGCAGCAGCAAGGCAGCAUGAAAAGCCCUGGGUACACUUCAAGGUCUUUUAAUUUGAAAGAGCCUUGUUAGGUCGACACAGAGGUCUGUUAUUUUCAGCUUAAGCCAAACCAACGAGAAGGUUAUCCCAAGCCUUAAAGCAUCUGUAGCAGCACGUCCAAGUGCGACCUGAGAGGUAGUUUUCCAUGUUUUCUUCCUGGCUGGGUGGUGGCACAGCGCAGGUUGGAAAGACGAGUCGAACCUCCAGCGCCAGCCCUGCCGAGAGCUCUGCAAGUUUUUUGGCUUCUUAGAAGAAUUGUGUGUGUUAGCAGCCGGCUCCCAAGUGCUUCCUCAAAGGGCUCCCAGGCUGGUGGCAGGUCUGGUGUGCAAAACACAGCUGGUGUGCAAAACACAGUGCUGCACCAGGUGCUGAGAAGAAAAUUAACUCUAUCCCAGCUGAAACCAGGACAGGUGAAAUGCUUCCUUGUGGUCAUGCAAGGAAGGAAGAACUUCUGCAGCCAUGAUCACGUGCGUCAUGCCUCCCGCGCUCCCGCUGACAUGCUGGGUGGUUAUGAAAUCCCUCUGCUUAUGGCUGUACCUUUGUAUAAAAGAUAAGUUCACCUUCAGCCUGUGCGUACGGGGCGGUCAGCAGCGAAAUAACUCUUGGCGAGUGGGACUUGUCUUUCCUGAAGGGAUUAAAGGAUGGGGGAUAUUUUAGCCACCAUUGAAUACGGUGUCCGUUGGCCCAACACGUACAGAUUUAGAAGUGGCUUGGUCAGAGACUUGCAGGUUUAUGGCAAAGGGCGCUGGGUGUGACGCUAAGGGGACAGUCUCUGAGCGGCACUGCCCUCACGGAGGCGUGCAGGGCAGCGGGUGCAGAGCGGGUGGUAAAAGCCCACGCGCAGGUUUGCGGGACGUGUGGAAGGCCAUGACGGCCCUGUAAGCACGGCUGCGAGCGGCCGAGCCCCGAGGGGCAACUGGGACCGGACCCCUUGCAGCGAUCAGGCACAGGCCGCAGCUGCACAGGCACUGACCACCCUGCGUACCUGCAGCCCCCUCGUCGUGUCUGCCCCGCUCUCUGUUUUCCUGCACCCCUCCCUGGGGAUCACCUCAGCCCUGCCCUUGGCCCUUCCCCUGGUGACCUCCAUCGCCCGCCUUGGCUGGGCUGAGGUGUAGUGGGGUGCAGGCUGCCCUCCGCUCCCUGUCCCCGCUCCCCACUCGCUCCCUGAGCUGGGAGGAGAUACCUUUCCAUCCACCCAGCCCCAGGCAGGGGAGCAAGCACCAUGCCACAAGGCAGCAUCCAAAUGGCACCCCCAGGACAAGAAGCCUGUCAUUCCUGCAUGCGGACUGGCACCUUCAUGGCCUGUGUGCUGAAGAAAUCAGUCACUCGUGCUCCUCAAAACUGGACGCUCCAGGAAGCUGCCAUGGUUUUGGCAAGCCUGACGUAGGCUGGGCGGCCACCGCUUGCAGUGACAACGUGGGCAUCACUUGGCUGCAGGUUGCUGUUGUCUUCAGGACGGUGCCACAAGGAGUGGGGUGAGCUCUGUGCAGCCCCUCAGGGCUCGCUGGUGGCACGUUUGUGCCCGUAGCUGUCCCACAAGGGAUGUUUGGCAGUGCGCUACCUGUCCCUUGUGCGGCACCAGCAGCACUUUGAGGCUUUACGUGCCCAGAGUGUGGGGCCUUCAAAGCAUGUCCAGACAAAACAGGUCUGCUGGGAGCACCCAGUGACACUGGAGAUGGACUUGGUGUGCUGCAUGUGUUUGAAGAUUUGGAGGCAGGAUGGCACUAUGCAGUUGCUUAUUGAAUUUAAUGACUAUUAAAAUAUUGUAGGGUGCCUUGAGGCGAUAAGAUGUAACAGUCUCCAGAGCUUGUCUUCUUGCACUAGAAGGGACUGGCAAUCCUCCUGGAGCAUACUGUGAUCCUCAUCUGUCUUCAGGAUUGUUUUAGGUGUAUACUGAUCUGUUUGCCCUGUACAGCAUCAAUCUGAGUUGCCUUUUUGGGGACACCACCCAAACAAAUGUGCAGACAGUUACUGCACAUAUUAAACUCUACAGAAAAGGUGCAAAGGAGGACAUCACCGGGAUGGCUGAGGAAAGACCUCCAGGUAGGCAGGGUGACAUGUUUUGGAAAAUCAUCACACCAACGUCGGCUUCAGUUUAAUGACAGACCGAGAAAAUAGGCAGGGGCUGCAUCUGACAGAUAUGAGCUCGCUGGCUGCCCAUGGCCCCCUCUGCAUUUCUUCUGUCUCACCUCAACUUACACGCGCAGAGCGAGCAAAGGGAAGGUGAUUGUCCCACUCCCAUCCCCCUAACAGACCCGGGACCAAAAAAUUAAGAAAUACUGACGAAAGACUCCCUGUAGCUGUGUCUUGAAACUCUUCAUGCAGAAGCUGUGCUGCAAAUUCAUAUCGAGAGGUUGGUGCCAGCUGUGGCCUUUGGGUCUUCCCAGCUUUGGGGAGAGCUUUCCUGCCUGGGGGUUUCCCACUUCAGCUGUUGGACACGGCAAGCACACUCGCGCAAAGCAAAGCUGGAAACAAAAGUGGUUUCAGGCAGCUUCGCGUGGCGAGCGAAGUCGAAGGCUUUCCUGCAGUGCCAUCGUGGUGCUGCGCCAUCGCCACCUGUCCCCACGCUUCCACUGAGCUUGUAUCGGGUUUGUGGCUUCCUGCGCUGGCUGUGUUCUCAUGUGCAGCUCUUCAUGUUCUGCUGGAUUCUGCUCCCGUCCUCUCCAGUUUUCCGUGGCUGGGUCCAGGCUGUCACAGCCCGGCUUGCCAUGCUGUGGCCAGUCCGUGGAGGCUGCAAACCAUGCCAGAUAAAGCUGGUGCCUGCGCUCUUGUAAGGGCAAUGGAAGGAGUGAUUCAGUGUCUCUCAUGUGGUACAAGCUGGAGGCUAUGAAAGCCACCACCCUGUGCAGCAGGACCACGUGUGAGGACCCGUUGGCAAGAAGGACAGUGGAAAGGACCACCAUGUCCAGCCCACAACAAGCCAUGUGCCCCCAUUGACCCUCAGACUGGGCAGGUUUGGAGCCUUCCUUGCUCGCUUGGGAGAGUGGUAACCAUAAGUGUGACCAUCCCGUGCCAUAAGUGGGACUGCAUCUUCUCUGAAUAACCUAAAGCCCAAGCCAGAUCUGCUGUGUUGUGGAAACGGCAGGUGAAAACAUGGAAUUCACAUGGAAUUAAAAAUGCUUUUAGGACCAGAGAAGUCAGAUCCAGCUCAGUGAUGAAAAAUUCCUUUUUGGUGGGCAUCAAACCUUCAAAAGAUCUUCUACAUGUCCCAGCUAGAAUACACUGGUGAUGAUACAUGGUGGUUGCCUGAUGAGUGCUGGAAAAGACUCACCCUCUCAGACACUGAGAUGCUGGAGUGUGUCCAGAGAAGGGCAACAAAGCUGGUGAAGAGUCUGGAGCACAGGUCCUACAAGAAGCAGCUGAGGGUGAUUUAGCCUGGAGAAAAGGAGGCUCAGGGGAGACCGUAUAGCUCUCUACAGCUGCCUGAAGGGAGGCUGUAGCAUGGUGGGGUUGGUCUCUUCUCACAGGUGACAAGCGACAGGACCAGAGGAAAUGGCCUCAAGUUGCACCGGGGGAGGUUUAGAUUGGAUACCGGGAAAAAUUUCUUCACUGAAAGGGUGGCCAAGCAUUGGAACAGGCUGCCCAGGGAGGCGGUGGAAUCGCCGUCCCUGGAGGAAUAUCAAAUGUCUCAUCAUUUUCAGCCUUUGCCUGGGACUCAUCUUCCUAUCGGGAUUCUUCCAUAUGAAGAAUAAAAAUUAUGUAAUCUCGAAGAGCCAUGAGAAGCCGCUAGUACCUCCCACGCCUUGCCAUGCCAAGACUAACGUCAUGUUCCUCAAGACCCACAAGACGGCCAGCAGCACCGUUCUGAACAUCAUGUUCAGGUUUGCAGAGAAGUACAACCUCACGGUCGCCCUGCCAGCUGACCAGCUCUUCCACCUGGGCUACCCAAAGACCUUCCUGGCCCACUUUGUGGAGGAAUUUCAAGCCAUAGGACAAAACUACAACAUCAUGUGCAACCACCUGCGGUUUAACCCCUCGGAGGUGCAAAAGGUGAUGGCAGCAAACACCUUCUACUUCUCCAUCCUCAGGAACCCCAUUCCUCUGCUGGAGUCUUCCUACAUCUACUACAAGGACAGUGUCCCUGCCUUCAGGAUUUCCAAGGAUGUGAACGAAUACCUGGCGUCACCCAUGAAGUAUUACCAUCCAGCGGAUUACAAGAAAAACAUAUAUGCCAGGAAUAUCAUGUGGUUUGACUUUGGCUAUGAUAACAAUGCGGAGGACAACGAAAAGUACAUCCAGGUGGUUUUGAAGGAGAUUGAGCAGAACUUCCACCUGAUCUUGAUAGCAGACUACUUUGAUGAGUCCAUGAUCCUCUUGAGGCAUACUUUGUGCUGGGAUCUGGAUGAUGUGAUUUACUUUAAGCUCAAUUCCAGAGGCCAGGACACUGUCCAGACCUUGACUCCAGAAAGCGAGGAGCGGAUAAAAGUGUGGUGCUCGCUGGACUGGAAGCUCUACCUGCACUUCAACCAGAGCUUCUGGAGGAGAAUUGAGGAGACCAUAGGACUCCAGGAGCUGGAGAAGGAGGUGAAUCACCUGCGAAUCAGACAGAAGGAGCUCAUGGAGACCUGUCUUUUGGACGAGGGGGCAGUGGGGAAGGAUCACAUCAAGAACAGGGCUCUCCUGCCUUUCCAGUCAGGGGCUGCAAACAUCCUUGGGUACAACCUCAAACAAGACUUGGACAACAGCACUCUGAGAACGUGCCAGAAAAUGGUUAUGCCAGAGCUGCAGUACACAUCCUAUCUUUAUGCUGUUCAACACCCACACAAGAAGAGGAAGCAGCUGGGCUUGCCCUUGCUGUGGACCACUUCCCAGGAGAAGAUGCAGCUCCCAACUCCCAACUAGGGCAUGAGACAAUCCACUGUGGUUUCCCACCACUUUGCAUCACCCCGUGUCUGGCAUGUGACUGGCCGACAGGACUCUUGUGCGUGAGGGGGAGGCAGGGGGAGGGGUCUUUGUUUGGAGCCACCAAACUACUGAUGGGUCCCUUUUUGGGGACCUUGAGCCAAAGGCUCUGCAUUGGCUGGAUCCUGUGUGAUGCCUCCUCCCCAAUCCCAGGCAGGGGGAGGGCCCACUGCUGCUGGGCGCUGGGCAGGCUUUCAGCUGGCUCACAUUCCUGCCUCUUAAUCAUUAAUCACAGGCUUAAUAAUUU